AGCCUUUAUUCAUUUUAUAGGGAUUUUUUGUUGUUGUCAGCCAUAAAAGUUCUUUUUAGUUUAGUUUCAAAUACUGGACAGUUUUUCCUAAUUAUAAGUGCAUUUUCUCAUUUUUCAAUCAGUAUUUCACUUAAAUAGUGUUUCGUGCAGUGUAGUUAUUUAUCAGUACAUAGUGUAAAGGGUAAAGCUAGUUUACUUGUACAUCUAAUGUUGGUAACUAGUAUCCCGAAACUGAAAGUAAAGGUAUUUCGAGUUCUUUGUGCCUUUUGAACUCUCAUGGCUUAGCUGAAAUGCCAACUACAGUUUGUUUUUUAACACGGAAUAUUUCUUUUGUUAGGACUUAUUUAAUAAUGUCGAGCAGUAGUAUUAAAAACACACAACUUUGAAGAUGUAAACAUACAAGAUUGCCUCAACGUUUUAUUUAAUUUGUGAUUUUGUGUUCUCUUUAACGCUGUUUUUUCAAGAUGGGCUUUUAUAUGUUAAUAUAUUUAAUAACUAUACUUUGUACCAUACUUUUCGUGACAAUAAGUGAAACACAGCAUGUAACAAUUCCUGAUGAUGAUGACAAUUUUGACUACUCCGUGGGCAAGUCGCAACCUCUUAGAUCAAUGUCAACCACUAACGUAACCACUGACAAUAACAAAAAACCUAUGUUCACUGAAUGUGAUAAUUACAAACCCUCUGUAAAGGAAGAACAAGUGGCUGGAACGUUUGUUAUACAGAUCAAAGCUCAAGACGACGACCCCUUAAAUGCGGGUGGAACGGUCAGAUACAAAAUAGUACGACGUGAGGGUGGCAGAGACUACUUUUCGAUUGACAAUGAAACAGGGGUGGUCAGAACUAUGAUGCAGUUCGAUCGUGACGAACCUUUGAGGCAGAAGGAACUUUAUUUGACUGUACAAGCUACAGAUAAUGGAAGACCACCCCUUUCUGACAUUUGUACUUUCAAAGUUACUGUUACCGACAUAAAUGACAACCCACCGCAGUUGGACCAACAGAUGUAUACGGCACAAGUAGCUGAAGAUUUGAAGCCAAACAGCGAAGUGAUGAGAAUUUUUGCGUACGACAUCGACGAUGGAAUGAAUUCGAAACUAACUUAUAGUUUUCAAGAUUCAGGCUCCAAUUUGUUCACGUCCUAUUUCAGGAUCGAUCCUGACACAGGUGUUGUGUAUCUUGAACAAUCUUUGGCGUCGAAACGAGAUACGAAAUUUAUGACAACAGUUAAAGUUAAAGAUAAUGGCGAAAUACCUUUAGAUACAGAAGCUAGCGUUUCUAUCACGGUAGUCGGUUCCGAUAAACAACCUCCUAGAAUCAAAAGCCGAACCCCCGAAAAUGAUAUCGUUCUAAAAGAAAAUUUUAACGAUUACCAAGCUCAUCUGGUCACUAUCGAAGCCGAAUCGAGUAUAGACGACGACGAAGUCGCGUUUGAACUGAUCAAAGGUAAAACGAUGCAAACUAACCAAGAUCAAACCUUCGUUUUAACUCCAAGCGACAAAAACGACAACACAGCUUACAUUACUCUAGCCCGAGCUUUAGAUUAUGAGACGGUUACGGAAUAUACUCUGAGCGUUCGCAUCAAAAAUAAAGACUUAAUGGACACUUCUAUAAACAUUCCGAUCAAAAUCGAAGACGUUAACGACGAGUUACCGAACUUUAUCGAACUGAUCAAAGGCAGCGUGGUAGAGAAUGACGAUCCGGGUGCUCAGGCCAUGGUAGUAAGAGCGAUUGAUAAGGACGGCACUUCAGCAAAUAAUAUCGUCAGUUAUGAAUUGCUGUCGCACACAGAGUCGUUUGAAAUCGACAGGUCGUCGGGUGUGAUCAAAUCCAAAGUCAUUUUCGACAGGGAGAACACCAGCGUGUAUCACGUAAAAGUUCGAGCGUACGAUAAUUCUCCAAGUGCCCUUAAAAAUACCGGCGAUCCCAACGAGGCUCAACAAACGUUCCAAAUUAGUAUAGAAGAUAGAAACGAUAAUAAUCCAAAGUUUACGCAAUCCUUGUAUAACUGCACGGAUAUUUUAGAAAACACUGACAUAGGCAAAGACGUGGGUGAAGUCAAAGCUCUUGACAAAGAUAGCGCUUCUCUGAUAACCUACAGUAUAAUUGCUGGGAACACUGAUGAUGCAUUUUUCAUUGAAAACACCACGGGAAGAAUAAAAGUAAACAAAGUCCUAGAUUACGAGAAAAUUGAAAAAUACACCCUCACUGUGCGCGCAUUUGAUGGCAUUUACGAAGACACUGCAAUGGUUGCUAUAUUUAUCGCUAACGUAAACGACGAAGUGCCGAUUUUCGAAGAACAUGAUAAGGUGAUUCAGAUUGAAGAAGAAACCGUUCCCAGCGACUGCAUCAUUACUGUUAAAGCCUACGAUCCGGAUAUAAAGAACAAAGAUGACGACCAACACAUUAUCUACACAGUUGAAGGUGAUUUUCUGGAAGUAAACAAGGAGGGAUGCGUUAAGCUUAUAAAACCACUGGACAGAGACAGACCUUUUGGUAGUCCGUCAAGACAAGCUUAUAUUUACGCUUAUGAUAAUGAUGGAGCUCACAAUUCCAUGAACGCCGCAACAGAAAUAAUGAUACAGCUUGAUGAUAUUAAUGACAAUGCUCCAUUUUUAAAUGUCACUGUCGUCGUUUGGUAUGAAAACCAGGAAGCAAUCAACCCUUUGUUUAUCACUCAGCUGAGUGCUGACGAUUAUGACGGCCCGGAAAAUGGACCUCCGUUUAAUUACAAACUUGCAGACGAGGCAUCUGACGAUAUAGUCAACAAAUUUCAAAUCGACAAUGACUUUUUGUACGCCUUGGUUAAAUUUGACAGGGAAGAGAAAAAAUUCUACGACAUACCUAUCUUGGUCACCGAUUCAGGAACUCCUCGACAGUCCAGUGUGAGCAUUUUAAAAGUAAUCAUCGGUGAUAGGAAUGACAAUGCUGCUAAAGACGGUUCUAGUGAAAUAUUCGUUUACAAGUACGAGAAACUUUUGAAAGAUAUCACGAUAGGACGAGUCUAUGUUGAUGAUCCUGACGACUGGGAUCUACCAGAUAAAGUUUUCGUCCAACUAGACAGCUUUGAGUAUUUUACAUUAUCCGAGGAGGAUCGUGGUAUGAUUGUCAUGCGCAACACAAUUUCCGAAGGUAAAUAUUUCCUCAGGUUCAACGUAACCGAAGAAAACGAACCUCUAAUCCCAAGACACACUGUUUUCGCGACCGUAAACAUAACAGUAAAGGAAAUCCCAGAAGAGGCUGUUGUUAAAUCAGGCUCCAUACGUCUUCAAGGCAUCACCAUGGAAGAGUUCGUCGAGAAAGAAAAUGGUGCCAGCAAGAAAGACAAACUACAUCAAAGGAUCUCGGAAAUCGUGAACACAUCAAUAUCCAACGUUGAUGUGUUCACAGUUUUGGAAUCGCCGUUCAACGAGUCCCUAGUUGAUGUAAGAUUUUCUGCUCACGGCUCCCCUUAUUAUGCCGCUGAAAGACUGAACAACAAGAUCACAGAUCACCAAGAAAAGCUUGAAAGAGAACUUAAUGUUAACUUCGUGAUGAUUAGCAUCAACGAAUGUCUCAACGAAACGAUAUGCGGAGAGGGCAACUCUUGUUCGAAUAAGCUGAAUAUUUAUGACGAACCAGCAGUAGUGUUCACGAACAAAACAUCUUUUGUCGGUGUUAAAGCAGUGGUCGAAGCUACCUGCGAGUGUUUAGAAAGAACUCCAAACGAGUGCUACAAUGGAGGCACAUUUGAUGAGAGUGGCGUAUGUAAGUGCCCUUCUGAAUUUGAGGGCCCUUACUGUGAAAGAUUGUCUAUCGGGUUUAACGGAGAUGGUUGGGCCAUGUACCCUGGCUUGGAUGCUUGUGAUAGAUCUGAAAUUACAGUGUCACUAACUCCAGCCAAAGAUGAUGGGUUAAUAUUUUAUGCAGGGCCCUUAACUUACAGACACGCGCAGCUUUCUAAAGAUUUUAUUUCUUUGGAAAUGAGGUCAGGCACUGCAGUCUUGAAAGUUAACAACGGCCUAGGACAAAGAGAUAUGGAAAUAGUAACGAGAAAACUAAACGAUGGCGCUACACAUAAAGUCAGGAUUUCAUAUGAACCUUUCAAAACAGAUACAGUAGUGGAAAUGGAAAUAGAUGACUGUAAGAGCAACUGCACUAAAGUUAUUAACAUACCCAAAGGGAUUUUUUCAAUAAAUGGACCCUUACAAGUUGGUGGUUUGAGCAAGUCAUUCAGCGAUGAAGAAAGAAAAAUAUUAUGGGAUGGUAUUGCUCCAACUGACAUUGGAUUUCAUGGGUGCAUUAAGAAUUUUACUUACAACAACUUUUACUAUAACCUGGGAGAACCUUCAGACCAACAACUUGCCUAUGCCAACUGUAAUUAUGCCAUGCAAUUAGCAGUCACUUUUGGAAUUGAUUCCAAGUUCUUGGUUGCCAUUUUAGUCUGCAUUGCUGUGUUAUUCUUCUUACUGUUAGCUGUAGUGGUUCACAGGCGUCAGCAGGACAACCUCAACGAAAAAGACAUCGACGACACUACCGAAAAUAUUAUUAAUUACGAAGACGAAGGUGGCGGCGAAUGCGACGCCAACUACGAUCUCUCGGUCUUUGCAAAACCAAUCAAGUCCAACUACCAAGGCAAGGAAAAUCUCGAACCGAAUAAUACCGAACCGAUCAGCAGUUUCCUAGACACCAAGAAGGACAAUUGCGACAAAGAUCCAGACAAUUUGCCUUUCGAUGACGUUCGGCACUACGCGUAUGAGGGUGAUGGUAACAGUACAGGAUCUCUAUCAUCUCUAGGCUCGUGUACUGACGACGGCGACUUAGAUUUCGAGUACUUGUUCAGUUUUGGAAAGAGAUUUAGUAAAUUAGCCGAUAUGUACGACAAUGACGGCAGCGAUGACGAUACCCAGAACAAUGGCAACGAAGCUUGGUGUUAAGUUUUCUUUGAAAAUUAUUUUUGUGUACUUAAAGAUUUUCCUUGUCCGACCAAAGAAGUUUUUUUGGGUGAGACUAUGAGUUGCGUUAGUCACAGUUUUUUUAUAUUAUCUUGUAAAUAACUAGAUACCCUCCGACUGAUGCGUUUUGUUGCUGACUUUGUAACGUUUAGUUUAAUUUUCUUUAUUUUGUGCCAAAAUUAAACAAUAUAAUAACUUAAAUGACACAUUCCUUAAGGUUGCUCAUAGAAUACGAUUUAAGAGACUGCGCAUCAUGUUUGAAAUAUUCCACGACCUGUCCUUUGCUUAAUUCACGUUUAAUCAAAUUUUUGGUGCUAAAGUAAAGUUUGGUAUCCAUGUACCAAAUCGAGAACGGUAUGUGCCUUCCAAGUUAAAGAGUUACUAGUAUAAAUAAAGAAAAAAAUCUUUCUCAAUAUAUUUAAUGAAAAGAUAAUGUUGAUCAAAUGUGAUAGUUUUAGAUGAAUAUUAGUUAUUUUAUUCAGAAUACAUAUGUACUUGCAUUUUCUAAAUUGGACUGACUUUAUAUAGAAACCCAUUUGCCUUUGACAUCUUUUAUAAGAAUAGAUAUAUUAUUUUUAUAUAUAGUAUUACCAGUAAAAACACAUAUAAAAUAUGUAAGUUUAAUUUAUUUAUAAUGAAUAUAAUAGUUUUUUUAUAUUUUUUAUUCUUAUUUCGUUAUAGCAAAAUUGGCAUCUUAAUAUACACGGGGUUUGUCAGUUUGUAAAGUCAUUCCCCACAAACCUCCUACAUUUUAUAUUUUCAUCAUUUAUGCAAAUAAUAUGAAUCAGUUACUUAGGCGUUUUUGAGAAACAUAUAAAUUUUUAAUUUUUUUUGUAUAUAAUAAAAAAGGAAGGUACAGAAUUUUUCUCUUUGUGUAAAAUAAAUAACUUUGUUUGGAAGUUCCAUUUAUGUUAUGCUAAAUGAAAAAUUAUGUACUAGUAAUGUUUAAAAAAUAUUUUGACUGUUAUUUUACAUUCCUUAUAACUAUUUUUGUGAUUCGUUUGGCAGCAGUUUUGAAGUUUAUAAAUGUUUCUUUAGUAUUAUAGUAUUAAAACAAUUUUUAUAUAAGCACUUUUUUCAGUUGGAUAUAUGUAAAAAUCUUAAUAAAGGAUUACAAUGUUCAUAUUUUUGUGUAAAGUCAUUAAGUCACUGCCAUAUGUAACGUAUUAAUUUCAAAUAAAAAUAUUUUUCAGAAG